AUGGGCAGACCUGGGGGCAUCAGCGUGGAAACCACCGCCCUGCCGGGGGCAGGGAGGCACCGGGCGGCCCCUGCCUGCCUCUGCCUCGCACACCCCAAGGCCAUCUCUCUUCCCGGGGAUGGACGGCUGGACCGACGGGGGCGGCAACUGAGGUUGGAGCUGCAGGACCCUCCCUGCUCAGCAGGUUUUCACACGCCCUUCCUGCAGGAGUGGGUGCGGGCUGGAACCGUCUGGAAGAGCGCUCCGGGGACAGGCACGGCUCAGGCAUUCGGGGAAAUUGAAGUCUACCGCGCGGUGGCCGCGCCCCAGUGCAGACAUCACCGCUCGCUGGCCCGGGCCAGCACCCCCACCCAUCCCCUGGGCACCCGAAGCCAAGCCCCUCGAGGGCCGCCACCGUUCCCGCCAGUCCCGCCUCGGCUCAGGGCGGCCCCAGCGGGCCUUCAGAACGGUCCCCACCCCGGCCUCCCCCGGGGCGGGCCCCCGAGGCCGGUUCCCGCCACCAGCGCCCACCGGACGCGCCCGCUCUCGGCCGGCGCUCAGCUCCGUUCCUCGCCGCGCCCUAGGCGCUCGGACGCCGUCCGCUCACCCAGCCUCCCCGGGACGCCGGGACGCUUAGGCGCUCCGCCGGUGGAAGUCCCGGCCCGCGGGGGCCGCCCGCCCCGCUCCGGCCGGCCUCUGCGCCCCCCGAGGGCUCGGCGAGGGCCCGGAGCCCGGGCGCACCGCGCCGCCCCCGCCCCUGCCGCCGGGGUCGCGCGCUCUAGCCCCUUCUCCUCGCCGCCUGCCCUGCGCGCCUUCCGGUCCAGCCCGGGGACGGUCCGGAGGAGUCCGCGCAGCGCCCCCGACCGCGCUGGGGAGCCGGCGGCGCGCCCCAGCCGCCCCCGCGCCCGCCGUUCCCGCCGCCGGCGGGGCGCGGACCCCAGCCCUCGAACCGGCUGUCGGAGCGGCGGGAAGAGACACAACGGCCGCGCGCCUGAAGGAGAGGGCCUGCGCCGCCCGCGCUCCCGGCCCGAUGACCCUGGCCGCCCACCUGCGACCCCAGACCCGGGGCCCCCACUGACCUGCUGCUCGAGAGCCGGCGCCCGCGGUCUCGGCGUCGCUGGGGCUCCGACUCCGCCCGCGGGCGCCCCCCGCCGGCGACUUCCAGCCCCACGCGGUCCGCGCCCCGCCCCGCCGCCCGCCCGCCCGCCCCGCCGUGCGCGGAGCCUGGGGUGCCUCGUGCGGCGGCUCGUGCCCCCCGCGCGCCCUCCACGCUCCCGGCUCCCGCGUCCGCUCAGGCCACCUGCCUCGUCCCCUCCGACGAUUCUCUCGGCCCGGGGCGCAGGCCCGCACUCGCUCCCCUCCUGCGCGAAGCCCCGGGGCGCGCCAGCCCCCGGUCACCGUGUCGCCAACGGGAAGUGCCCUGUGCCUGGUGUCCUCGGCCCUUUCCACGGCGCCCGCUCCGGAAGGAGAAAGCUUAGCCUCAAACCAGGGUCCUGGGGCUGGUCCCCAGCCUUGCCCCGCUUCCCGAGUCUGGCCGGCAGUGCGCUGGUCCAAGAUUGGCCUCUAAGAAGCCGCCCCCAUUCCAGUGACCCCUCUGAGCCCUCCCCAGAUCCAGGGUUGUGUGAUUCCGAAUGGGAACGCCCCACGUCCAUCCGUCUCCAGCUCAGCCACUCAAGGGGACCCCCCUUCCACCCUGACUCUGGACAGACACGGGGCCACCCAAGUUCUGAGCACAGCAGGACAAGCCGCUCUGAGGCCGGGGUGUCGCUGCCAAACGUUCGCAGGAACCCCAGGUGGCCCCCUCCCCGGGCACAGGAGGGGUGCUGGGAAGCAGGAUGGGACCCUGAGACCUCGCGGGGAGAGGCGCGGGAGCGCGUCCCCGUGACCCCGCCCCCGGCUCAGCCCCCCGCCCCACCCCCAGCCCCGCCCUGGUCCAGCUCAGCUGGCUCCCUCUCCCCCGCCCAUGCACUCACCUCCCCUGCUGGCUUUGGGGGGCCCCUUGCCUCACCUGUAGAGUGUGGCCCGGCCCCAGCCAGUGCCCAGGGGCUGAAGCCAGCCCCGUGGGCCAGAGGGCCAAAGCCCUCGGAUUUCACCCGCGGGGCCCAGAGGGAAGCCCUUCCUCUGCGUGAUGGGGGUGGGGUGCCCAGCAGGCCCCUCGUGGGCCGUGGCAUUCCUGCCCAGCCCCGCGCCAGCCUGUGGAAGCUGUGGGCACCCACCCUUCCUUCCGUCCGGGCCCAGCUGCUCAGGCCAGGCGGGGUCCAGCUGGGCUCCCCCCCCAGCCCACUCCCACAGGCUGUGUCCCCGUCCAGGAUGCACCUGCGUAGCCUCUGGCCCCCAGCUGGGCCGGCUCUGGGGCCGCACCAGGAGCGGAAGGCCAGACAUGGGGUGAAGCACCCCAAGGGUGCUGUGGCCAGGGUCCCAAGAGCUGCCAGGCCGCCCCGAGUGCCCGCCAAGUCCUCCCCUGCGAGGGGGAGGCUCUGGAAAUGUGGAGGCGGGGGCAUCGCGGGGCUGCAGCUCAGGCUCCCAGGCCCUGAACAGACACGGGAGGCGGCUGCAGGCCCCGGCCCCGGCCCCGGCCAGGCCCAACCCAGGAGCCGAGGCUCCAGACCUCAUGGUGGCUCCCUCCUUGGAACCCCGACCACCCUGGAUACAGACGACGCAGACGCCGCCAUCCGGGGGCCCCAGUGCCCUGGGCCCUGGGCCUGGCACAGCCCGCAGGCAGAGCCCCCCACACUGCCCCCACAGCCCCCCAGUUCCUGGCACUUCCUCCGCACCCCAAGCGGGGGAGGUCUCGGAGCCAGGAAGCCUGGAGCCCCGUCCUGA